CAGGCGAGACACACACUGACACCGCCAUCUAAUACACUCUGAAUCUGUUCCUCCUCCCUUUACUUUCUUCCACAUUAUCAGUAUAAUAGCAAGCUAUCUAAUUGCUCUCAUCUCUCCAACUAACAAUAAUGAGCGACGUCGUCUUGAAGGAAGACACAGACACGGAGACGGAGACGCAGCUGACGGUGCUGAAGACGUCUCUGUUCUUCGCGGGAGAUGGCUUCACCGUCUACGAUUGCAAGGGUCAACUAGUCUUCCGCGUUGACUCUUACGGACCCGACGCCCGCGACAGAGACGAGCUCGUUCUUAUGGAUGCAAACGGCCGUUGUCUCCUCACAGUUCGCCGCAAGAGGCCCAGUCUGCAUCAACGGUGGGAAGGAUUCAAAGGGGAGAGAAGGGAGGGGGACAAGCCCAUCUUCAGCGUGAAGAGAUCAUCCAUCAUCGGACGCUCAAGCGUCACGGUGGAGGUCUACGAUAACCCAGGUGAGGAUUACCACAUCGAGGGAUGCUUCUCCCACCGCUCCUGCACCGUCUUCAACGCUUCCAAGGAACCAGUUGCCGAGAUCAGACGCAAGGUGGACCCCACCACAAGCGUUAUGCUUGGCAAGGAAGUCUUCUCCCUCUGCGUCAAACCUCCUUUUGAUUCCGCUUUCGCCAUGGCCUUUGUUCUCGUUCUCGAUCAGAUCAACGGCGACGAUCAAGACCUUCUUAACACUGCUCCCGCCGACCACCCUGCUGUGCACCCUCUCCCUCAACACCACCAUUAAUUAAUCGGUUCCGCUACGUUACCAACAGCAUAUCUGCAACUUCUGCUAACUUUUAUUUAUAAUUGUGUUUUAUGAAAGUAUGUUCAUGGAUGGGUCUAAUAAAAAUGUCUUUUUUAUAACUGUGUUUAAUAGAAGUGUCUUUAUAGAUAUAUUUUCUAGAUGUGUCUCUUUAUAUAUGUAUUUAAAAUAUAUUAAUUAUUAGACACAUCUAUGAAACACAAAUAUAAAUAAGAGUUGUCAGAAGUUGGCAGAUAAUAUGUUGGUAAUUUUCCUUAAUUAAUUGCUCCAUCUUUCUUUAUUGAUUACUUAACCAGACAUUAAUCGUCCUUUAAUUUGGGUGUCACCCUCCAAGGGAACCUCUGCCCCGUCUUUUAUGCUCCAUCCCCUGCAUUCUAAGAUUAAUAAUAAUAACGUCUCUCUUUUAUGUGCUUCUGUAAAUUUUAUAUUAUUAUCAUUCAUAAUAUAUAAAUAUCAGCGAUGAGUUGCAACGUA